UUCCUUUGUGGAGUGGCUGCUCUCCGUUGACUGCGGAGUUCAACAGUUGUGGACUCGACUGACCGCUGACUAGCUUGCUGUGGUGCAGGCAGAUCUGGAGCGGUCGGUUGGUGCACCCAAUGUGUAGGAGGUGGAAUCUGAAACAAGGCAACGACCGACGACGGGAGCGUGUGUGUGUGUUGCACGCACUGCAAUAUGGAGCAAUUCAUGAAGCUGGGUACCCUCUCCACCGUUCUGUUGCUGAUCGGCAUGUCUCCAAGUUUCUGUGCAAGCACUUGCACCAAAACGGGGACAGAACUCAACUGUAGCAAUAGCAGCCUUACCGCAUUCACGUUUCCUACCUCACCACAACAUGCAGCGGAUAUCAUACAAGAAUUAGACCUGUCUAACAACCGUCUGGACCACUUUCCUCCACUUCCGGCGCUGCCAAGAAUUUUGACAAUAAAUCUGUCCCACAACCGAAUGAAAGAUUGGCCGUCCGGUUCUGAUCUUCCCGCGACACUGACCUCACUGGAUGUAUCCAGCAAUAGACUGUCCAGCAUUCCUGUGUUCCAAGGACUUGGCAAUCUGAUGGCUCUAGACCUAUCCCGAAACCCAAUAAGCUCUGCAGUUGAUGAAUACCCUUUCUCAGCCUUGUCUGCACUGGUCAACCUAACAAUAACUCACACUCAAAUCUCUGUGGUUCCGCAAUUGUCAGAUUUAGGAGCGCUGAGAACACUAGAUUUCUCAAACAACGCCAUCACCCACGUUGGGCUAUUCGAUGGUCUGCCCGAUCUGAGUGCAUUGGAUUUGAGCUACAAUGCCAUAGGCAGUGUAGCUCAAUCUGCACUAGCAACUCUAUCAGGUCUCAUUCAAAUUGAUUUGUCACACAACCUAUUACCCAAGUUGCACGCGGGUACGUUUUCGGGGCUGCGGAAACUUCAAACUGUGAGUUUGAGUAAGAACAUGAUGACCACCGUACCACCAAACGUGUUUCUAGCGCUACCCAAUCUACAAGUACUACAACUGGAUCAGAAUCCCCUGAAACACCUCCCGAAUAGGAGUUUCGAACGUUUGGAUACUCUGCAAAGCCUGAACUUCUCCAAAGGUUUUGGAAACAUCCUCGACAUCGCCACGGAAGCGUUUUACAACAUGCCGGGUCUGAUGACUAUCGAUAUAUCAAACAACAUGAUAUCAACCGUUGGAUCACGAGCAUUUAGCAACCUGAGCAACCUGACUAAACUGGAUCUGUCACACAACAAAAUAUCCGAUUUGCCGUCGGAUACGUUUUUUGCGCUGCCAAACCUCGUAAUCUUAGAUCUGUCUGAUAACAAAAUUUCCCACGUUCGGAAAUUCCCUAAUCUGCCUGCUUUGGCUGUCUUGGAUUUGUACCAGAAUCGCAUAUCGAGCAUAGAAAGCAAUGCACUAGAAUUUCUGCCUGCUCUCGCCAAAGUGAGGUUGCAUAACAAUGCGUUGUCCUACCUACCCUCAAACGUGCUUGAAAGGCUGCCAAAACUUCAAUGGCUGAGACUGGACCACAAUCCAAUUGGCCGCUUCCCAGGAAGGAGCUUCUCAAACUUGGCUAUUCUGGAAAACCUGGUCUUCUCUGUAGGUUUUGGAAACAUCAGCAUGAUCGAGAGCGAAGCAUUCUACAACUUGUCAGGCCUGGUAAAAAUCGAUCUUUCUAAAAAUCGGAUAUCGACAAUUCAAUCACAGGGUUUUACUGGACUGCCCAAGCUCACAACAGUGAACUUGUCACACAACAGUAUCAUGCAUUUGCCCUCGAAUGCAUUUGUUCUAUUGCCCCAACUUGGAACUUUAGAUCUGUCGAAUAACAGAUUUCCCCGCUUUCGAGGAUUCCUUGAACUACCAGCGUUGACUGUCUUAAAUUUCUCUCACGGUUUUGGAAGCGUCAACACGAUUGAGACGGAGACGUUCUACAACAUGUCAUUUCUCACCAAGCUUGACCUCUCAAACAAUAAACUAUCCAGAAUUCAAUCGCGAGCUUUUGUUGGCCUGGAGAGUGUGACAGAAAUAGAUCUGUCAAACAGCACGAUAUCGGCGUUACCGGCAGAUACGUUUGUGAUGCUGCCGAACCUUACAACUCUGCACUUACAGAACAACUCUCUCUGGCGGCUUCCCGCAGGCUUCUUCAGCGGCAUACCAAAGCUAAGUAGAAUAUGGCUCCUCAACAAUCCUUUCAAGCUCGGGAGUGAGCUGUGUCUAUUUUUCAAUUCUGGAGCACUCAUCGGGGAAGAAAUUCUAAGAAGAAUGGUUAAUGCUUUUUACCGACAACACAACCUUACAAGAGAGUUGUGUGUCAGUGACUGCAGACCGAUGGCACCUGGUGUGUUGACUUGCAACGCCAACCAGGUGUGCCUUGGAACUGUCCAGGACCACGUAUGUGUGGCAAACAAUGCCACAGGAACACCCCUCACUACCUUCCCACAAGAUGUUCCAACUGGAGCAAAAGCAAUCAUGCCUGGUGAUUCCACCAGGUCAGCUGCAGAACCCUCGCCAGCCAGCCAGUCGGUCACCAACUCCCAGUCAUAUCGCUCUGGCUCGAACACGGCCAGUGAUCCCACUUCGAGCACUGCGCAAAUGUCUGUGCCCACCGUUCCCAACUCUGCCAACUCUAGCGGGUUGGAAAUCGGCACAUGGGUGAUCAUAGCGUGUUGUGUGGGACUUGCCGCUGCCAUGCUGUUGGUAUUCCUUAUGGCUUGGAGAGACAAAGGGUACAGGAAAGGCUUUGACGGACCAGCAGCUAAUAUUUCCUCGCUGCCAUUAGGCCAACCGGGUCGGGAAAGCACUGGUAAUCCCAGCCUGCCAUCCAGCACAAACUCCAACAAGUCGAAAGAUCAAAGCAAUGGUCCCCCGUCCACCCAAACCGUGCCGACCUUCUUCAAAGUGGACUAUGAUGAGCUAUACCCACAAACCGAACCGUCUGUGAGUUCCUCAGACGUCGGCGGCUCUCGACAGGCCUCGGUGGGCAGUAGAAGCGAUGUGUCCAACAGACAUCCCGCCGGCCUGAUGCAAGUCCACUCUAGCCCGAUGAACAGCGCCCUGUUCUCCUGGUCAAGAACUGGCAGCACUACCUCCAUGGGAAUCAGCAAGACUGCUCUGGAAGAGCUCAAGUCCGACGGCGGCGAUGGAUUCGGCUCGGCCAUUAGCAAGACCACCUUGGUGAGCCAUGCACCUGGCAGUCUGGUGUAUGGCCUGGCCCCGAGUUCUUCCUGCGAGAGCCUUCCCGUGUCGGUCGGCCAGAUCUACUCCGUACCCUCCAAGAACUCGGACCUGGAAAGUUCGGGCGCAGCGGAGGACGUGACCUACUCUGGCACCGCAGACGAUAUGCCCGCGGAGCUCAUGAACUCUAAUACCACGUACUACAGCUCGCCGGAAGAUCUGGCAAAAACUCGACAAUCGUCCGGUCACCAGGCACAGCCCGAUGUAGAGUACACGGCUUACGCUGCUCAUGGUACCACUCCAGCGGAUCAAGCGGCAAGUGCUGCCGAGUCCAACCCGCAGUAUGCCAACCCAGAAAAGCUCUUCUCUGGCUCAGGCACACAAGGUGGCACCAGCCAAUGUGCAUUGCCGAGUUUGGGGACAGGAUGUGUGUCAGGAGGCUGCGCUUACUCCAUGCCAAAUAAACAACCGGAGACCGCGGCUGACCCGGAAGCAGACGGCAGCUCAAACAAACUUGCCCGGCCCCUCUCUGCCGGAUAAAGCAAUGCAACUGAGGCUUCCUAACUGAUGAUCAAUGCCCACCUGUGCUGUAUUUCCUCUAUUUAUUGUCACGCGUUUCAAUUCUGUUGUCUCUGCCUCUUGUCUCGGUUCACUUGAGUGCUACCAUUGUAAAAUAGUUUAACCUGCUAGCGAAUAUCCAUAGCCUGCGCAAUAUCGUUACAUGCAUACAGUACAAUGCACUGUCAUCUUAAUGACAUCAUACAGUACAAUGUACAGUACUGUCAUCUUAAUGACGUCAUGCAGUACAAUGUACUGUCAUCUUAAUGACGUCAUGCAGUACAAUGUACUGUCAUCUUAAUGACGUCAUGCAGUACAAUGUACUGUCAUCUUAAUGACGUCAUACAGUACAGUGCACUGUCAUCUUAAUGACGUUCUAAACAUACAGGAGAAAAGUAACCACAGGGUUAGCACUACUAGCAUUGCGAUUUACCCACAACAAGUCUUGGUGUUCUUCUCCACAAUUAUAAUCUAAUUUAUUUCCUUGCUGUUACAAGGGGGAACCCCCGAAACUUCUUUUACUUGCAGAUUUAUUAAUUUUGGUAGAUGUAUGCCGCGCUGGCCAUGCGAGUCUCGCUUGUCUUCGCUGAGCAAUCGGU